CCUCUCUCUCUCAAACACCUCUCCUCCUACACUGCUUCAUUACCCUCUCUCUCUCUCUCUCGGUUUUUGGCUUUUCUCUACAUUGAACACCACCUUUGUUUCAGUGUCUAAUCUCUCUUGAAAAUCUUCAUGAACAAACUAUCAUGGACAAAGCGCCUGCGAAGUCUCGGCCUCUUCACAACUUCUCACUACCGUUCUUGAAAUGGGGCCACAAGAACCACAACAACACCAACCACCGCUUUCGCAGACCCUCCGAGUCCAGUCACAGCUCACCGGAGCACCACCGAUCAUCGCCUCCGGAACCGGAGUCCGAGUUCGAGUCUGAGUCGGAGAAACGGAAUAAGCCUCCGGUCGAAUCGCGAAUCACACGGGACAACCGAUUCUCAUUCUCUCCAUGCUUGUUGCAUAAACAACAAAAGAACCCAGUGGUUUCAGAGAGAGAAUUUAAGAACGAAGCCGAUGGAGAUAAGUCUUGUGGUGAUGGUGGCGAAGGAGAGGAAUUGGUGGCGAAGCCGUGGAAUCUGAGGCCGAGGAAGGUUGCGACGAAGGUAGCGGCGGAGGAGAUCGGAACGGUGUCGUUGAAGAAUGGUAAAUCUCAGGAACGGGUUUCUACGGUUCUUGCUAUUCCUGCAGUGACGGAGGUUGAGAAUCUUCCGAAAUCGCUCAGGUUGAGAGGUUUUGUUGAAGGACAGGGCUCGGAGAAGAAGGAGAAGAGGAAGUUGUGGAUUUCGUUGUCGAAGGAAGAGAUUGAAGAGGACGUGUACGCAUUGACUGGAGGGAGACCGUCUCGGAGGCCCAAGAAGAGACCGAAGAAUGUACAGAAAUUUGUCGAUAAUCUUUUCCCUGGCUUGUAUUUGGUAGGGGCUACAGCUGAUUCUUAUCGAGUUCAUGAAGCUCCGGGGUGAAUAGGAUAUUAUCUGAUGAAGCUGAAUUCUGCAAACUCUGGCAAAGGUCCUCUCUGUGCGCGUGU